CAGGCCAGGCGGUGCAGCGGGGGCUGUGUGCAUCCACAUCCAUGGCUCCUCUGGAUGGGAACACCACAGGAAGAGGGAGAAGGGGGAAGGAUAGGCUUGUAACUCAGAUGCUCUGCUAGCGGUUUGCACUCAAAUGUGUAUGAGUGUGUCUGUGUAUGUGAGUGCGUGACAGGGAGGAGGGGACCUUUUGUAUCCCAGCCUCCAGCAGCUCUUUCCCUGCUUGGAAAAAAGCUUCCGUGUCACUUGUUUCCACCGUGGAUGUCACUCUGACACAUGCACGCCGCCGCCUGUCAUGAGCGAGCCGGAGAGCGGCGCGUAGGAUGGCUCACUACAAGGACGUCUCUGCCAGGAAGACCUCGCUGAAUCUGGUCACGGGCUUUUUCCAGUAUCUGCGAGAUGAGCAAGAGGCUGUGCAGAAAAGAACAUUCACCAAAUGGAUCAAUUCUCACUUAGCAAAGCAUAAACCACCACUUGAGGUCAACGACCUUUUUGAGGACAUUAAAGAUGGGGUGAAGCUCCUGGCUCUGUUGGAAGUGUUAUCGGGUCAAAGGCUCCCUUCAGAGCAAGGGCGCCAGCUCAAGAGGAUCCAUUGGGUCUCCAACAUUGGCACUGCGCUCAAAUUCCUCGAGGGCAGGAAGUCUGUAUAUCGAGGAUCGGCGAUCAAACUGGUGAACAUACACGCCACCGACAUCGCCGAUGGCCGACCGUCGAUCGUUCUUGGGUUGAUAUGGACCAUAAUCCUCUAUUUCCAGAUUGAGGAGCUGACCAGCAACCUUCCAGCCCUCCAAGCCUUGUCCAACAGCAACUCUUCGGUUGAGAGCUCCGAAACAGGAAGUCCUCCCAUGAAGAGAAAAGUGGUCAAGUUUCAGGGUAACGCCAAGAAGGCUCUACUCCGAUGGGUCCAGUGCACUGCCGCCAAGCAUCACGGUAUCGAGGUGAAGGAUUUUGGUCCCAGCUGGCGCGAUGGCGUCGCAUUUCAAUCGGUGGUGCACGCCAUCCGGCCCGACCUGGUGGACAUGCAGGUGGUGCACAGGAGGAGCAAUAAGGAGAAUUUGGAGGAGGCUUUCACUCUAGCGGAAAACGAGCUGGGCAUCCCUCGUCUGUUGGAUCCAGAAGACGUAGAUGUGGACAAGCCAGACGAGAAAUCCAUCAUGACAUACGUGGCUCAGUUCCUCAAGCACUACCCAAACCCUCACCACUCGGGAACCGACGGACAGCACGACGAGCUGCGGCUGGGCUCCAUCCCGACCUUUGCGCUGUCAGCGUCCGUGGUUCAGUUUGCACCCCAAGACAUUGAGCAAAUGCUGGAGAGGGAGGAGCGCAAGAUGCUGAGAGAGCUGAAGGUGUUUUUGGACCAGCUGGAGAGAGAUGUGCUGAGAGCCCAGGCGGCCGAGGGGAGUCUCACAGACAAGUAUCAGGCAUUUAAAAGCUUCCGUGUGCAGUACGAGAUGAAGAAAAAGCAAACGGAUCCGCUGCUGCAGCCGGUCCACAAGGACGGGAAGCUGUCUGUGGACCAGGCUCUGGUCAAGCAGGCGUGGGACCGCCUGUCGAUCAGGCUGCUCGACUGGCACAUCCACCUGGACAAAUCCCUGCCGGGUCCUCUGGGAGUGAUCGGGGCCUGGCUGCACAGAGCCGAGAUAGCCCUGAGGGAGGACAUCCCCGCCCAGCAUGCUCACGAGGACACGGCCAACGUUCUCCACAGGAAACUAGAGCAGCACAAGGAGGUGUUAAAAAACCUGGAGUCACACAGGCAACCCUUCCAGCAGAUCCACAGGGACAGAUCAGUCAACGGCGUUCCGGUUCCACCGGAGCAGCUCCAAGAUAUGGCUGAACGCUUCAAUUUUGUGUCCACGUCGUCGCACAGCCACUUGAUCAAACUGGAAUUCUGGGAAAUGAAGUACCGGCUCAUGGCUUUCCUCCUGUUGGCCGAGUCCAGACUCAAGUCCUGGAUUGUUAAAUACGGCAGAAGAGACUCAGUGGAGCUCCUGCUGCAGAGUUACCUGACGUUCAUUGAAGGCCAAAGGUUCUUUGACCAGUACGAGGUGCUCUUCUCGGCGCUCAAGCAAGCGGCGGACAUCUAUGUGAAGUCUGACAGUACAAUCGACGAUGCGGAGGGCGUGACGAAAUUCCUCUGUGACGCCACGGCUCAGUGGAAGAACCUGGCGCUGGAGGUGCGCAGCGUCCGCAGCAUGCUGGAGGAGGUCAUCGCCAACUGGGAGAAGUACAGCGGCACGGUGGCGGCGCUGCAGGCGUGGCUUGAAGACGCCGAGAACAUGCUCAACCAGUCAGAGGGCGCCAAGCGUGAUUUCUUCCGCAACCUGUCCCACUGGAUCCAGCAGCACAUGGACAUGAACGACGCCGGCAACUUCCUCAUCGAGACCUGCGACGACCCCGUGUCUCGAGACCUCAAGCAGCAGCUUCUCCUCCUGAACGGGAGAUGGCGGGAACUCUUCGUCAAAGUCAAAUACUAUGCAAGAGCGGACGAGGUGGACAAGCUGAGGCAAGACUAUCACGACGGCAUCAACACCUUGAAAAUUUUCAUGGACGCCACCGACCAGAAGAUGAACGCUCCCGUCCAAGUGUCCUUCCUCAACGUCCGCACAUUUGUUCAAGACGUGGAGGAAAUCAAGCAUAAAGUUCCCGCCAUGGAAGCGGCAUCCAAGGCGGCGAGUCGCACAGCUCAGCUGCUGAGCAAAGACACGACACAGGAGGAGGUGGCUCAGAUGACGGCGGUGAUGGCCUCAGUCAAAGAGCAGCUUGGCAAGGUGAGAGAGCGAUGUCUGCCUCUGCUGAAGGAGUCUCAGUCGCUCUUAGCGCCGCUUGAAGAAAUGGAGAAGAACAUCACAGGCUUCUACCAAGCUCUGGAGAAGGCCAGCCACGUGACCGGCAGCAGCGACUCAGAAGGACCCGUGGACUUCAAACAGAAGUGCCAGGAGCUGGCGGCCGCCACACAAAGCUGCAAGAAGUGUCUCAUCGUCAUUGAAAGGAAUCACCAGACCAUCUUAAAGCUCACAGACGCCAGUAAAACCCUGCAGCACAUGGACAUGAGUCUCCUGCAGAAGAGAGUGGCCGACCUCCAAAGCUCCUCGCAGGCCAUGUUUAAGGAAGCCACAGAGUGGAGGAAGCGCAUGGAGGCAAACAGCAGCCUCAUGAAGCGCUUUGACGAGUCACGCUCGGACCUGGAGAAGGUUCUUAAAAUGGCGGAACACUGUCGGACGGAACAAGGCGACCCGGAGGAGCUGCUGAAAAAACACACGGAGUUCUUUGGUCAGCUGGACCAGCGGGUCUUGAACGCGUUCCUCAAAGCUUGUGACGAGCUCACCGACAUUUUGCCCGACCAGGAGCAGCAGUCGCUUCAGGAAACUGUCCGGAAGCUGCACAAAGACUGGAAGGACGCCCAGACCGACGCUCCCUUCCACCUCAUCCGCCUCAAAGUGGAGGCUGAGAGGAGCAAGCUGGUGCUGCUGCUUCAGGAAUGUCAGGCCGAGGUGACCCGGGAGAACCGCCACACGGCCAGCGUGGGCAGCGAGAGGCUCGUCAAGGAGCACCGAUCCUUCUUCAGGGAAAAGGGUCCUCAGUCACUGUGCGAGAAGAGACUGCAGCUGAUGGAGGAACUCUGUCAGAAGCUCCCUGAGGACAACUCUGCCCACCAGACGCUGGACAAAUCCAGGAAGGAGUACCUGGAGGUCAGCGAGGAGAUUGAAAACACCCAUCAGAAGCUAAUGCAGCACCCGGACAAAUGGAAGGACUACAGUGCAAGAUACGCCGAGCUGUCCUGCUGGCUAAUAUCCAAAGAAAGCCAACUUCGCCUGCUGAGAAACCGUGCAGGCGACCCGAGAAAGUACAGCCAGGUGAAGACUACCAUCACGGAGCUCCGGAAUGAUGCCGAACUGCAGGAGGGCAACCUUGGCUGGCUGAAAGCCCGCAUGGCGGCUCUGAUUGAGAUCUGCACCGACAGCGAUGCCCAGAGGCAAGGAGGCGCCCUGAGCAAACUGUGCACUGAUUUUAAAGGUCUUCUGACGUCACUCAUAGAGGCCGAGAAGAUGGUCCUGGCUGUAGGCGACUGUGUACAGUUUAGAGAAGAAGUGCAGACCACUUUGGAUGAGCUCCUCCGUGCCCAGAAAGACGCGCAGACCGAGGUCUCCAGAAUUCUAGAUUGUCCCACUGUGAGAGAGGCCCAGCAGCUGCUGCUGGUGCACCAGCAACUUCUGAAGAGGCUGAAGCUGAAGAGGAAGGACGUUCAGCAGCUGAUCAGCAGGGGCCAGCAGCUGCAGGCGGAGGAGGGCCUGGGCGAGACGCUGCAGCAGGACCUGCAGAGUCUGGAGAACACGCUCAGUAAAAUGGAGCAAAAUAUGGAUUCUCAGGAGCAAAGCCUGGAGGUGACACUGGCGGCAUGGCAGGAGUUCGACAGCCAGCAGGAGGCAGUACGGCAGUUUGUUAGCAAGGCCCGCUCCACGAUGGAGCGAGACCUGAACUUCAGCAGCCCGGAGAGCCUGGCGGUAGAACUUGACCAAGCCAGAGUGCUGCUGAAGCAGUGUGAAGCCGAGGCCUCGCAUAUGAACACUUUGCUGAAGAGAGCGACAGAGAUCCAGCUCAGCCCAAAGAACAAGACUCUGCUCCUUCGGCAGGCUCGUUGUCUCAGCGAGCAGGUGGACAAAGUGGAAGCCGGCCUGAAGAAGGACGUCAAAACUGUGGAGGAGAUGAAGAUAAAGUGGGAUCGAUUCGGAGCUGACUUUGAAGCUUUUUCCUCAUGGAUAUCCGACAAGGAGAAGCGACUGGACGAGUUGAAGAGCUCCAGUUUGCCGCUGGAGCGACAGAUGGAAACAGUGAAGGCUGUGGAGGCCGGGCUCCAGGAGCGUGUUAAAGUUCUCUCGGGGCUGGAGGCGGACUCCCAGGAUGUGGCCCAGUUCGUCUCUUCAGGGGAGGCGGCCCGCAUCAAGGCUCGCCUGACCCAAAUCGGCCGCUACUGGGAUGAGCUGAGGGAGAGCGUGCAGCAGCUUGACGGGCAGCUGCGGGAAACCUCCUCCCACCGCAUGAAGUUCACUCAGAGCCUACAAGAGGUGCAAGCAUCGCUCUUUGAACUACACUCCCAGCUGGACCGUCCAAUCAAAAUGUGCGGGUCCUCAUCAGAUACCUACAAAGAACUUCAAAAUCACAUGGAUGUCGCUCAACAACUGGAGAGGCUGAGGGGAGCCUUGCUCUCCCUGUCAGCAGGCACCCGCAGACUCAGCGAUAGAGAGCAAGCGGAGGCGGCCGUGAAUGAGCUGAAUAGCAACUUUGAACAAAACACUCAGGAAGCAAAGCACAAACAGAGCACACUGGAAACCCUGCUGACAGUUUGGCAAAGGUUUGAGAAACAGCGUUCCAACUUCAUUUCCUGCCUGGAAACGAGCGAAUGUGCCGUCCAAUCAGAGAGUCAGUGUCUGUCGGCUGACAAAGCCAAACUCUACAGUGAGCUCCAGGACCUACAGGCCCUGCGCUCUGAGGUCCAGACCCUCGAGUCCUCUCAUGCUGAGCUGGUUUCCCUCGGGACAUUGCUUUAUCCCAGUGCUCCAGAUGAGAGCCAGCUGAGGGAAGAGCUUGACGCCCUGCACAGAAGACUGCUUGUUCAGAAUGAAGCCCUCCCUGGAAGAAUCCAGGAGCUCCAGAACCACCUCUCCCUCGUGGAGCAGUUUGACCGAGACCUCCUGAAAUUCUCCCAGUGGAGUGAGAGCAUGCUUUCAAGCCUUCACUCUGCUUUUCAAAUUAGCACCAGCAACCUAGAGGCCGCCGUCACACAAGUAAAGGAGACACAGGCAUCCCUAGAGAAGCAGGCGGCUGUCAGGCAGAGCUUGGAGCAUCGGGCGGAGAGCCUCAGUCGCUCCUCUGUGCCUGGUGACGCACAGCUCCUACGCAGCCGAGCAGACAGCUGUAUCCAACCCUGCCUGGAGGCGCAGCACAUAGUCCAGCUGCAGUUUGAGUGUCUAGAAAGGCUGGAGAACUUCUUGCAGACACACAGCGUGGCCGGCGGGGUGCUGCGAGGUCUGCGGCAGACCGUGGAGAGUGCCGGGAGCUGGGACAGAGGGCGAGUGGAGGAGCUGAAGCAGGAGCUCUCCGGCGUCGUCCCGGACGUCUGCCGGCUGGAGACGCUGGCAGUCGAUCUGGACAGCAGCCUCUGCAAAAGUCACCUGCACAUCUUCGCCCAAGAAGGGUCUCGAAAGUCGUGUCGCGACCUGGCCGAUUCACUCAGCACUGAGCUGGACACCGUGAGGAACCUACUGGGUACCAAGCAGAGUGAAGCAGAGGCCUUGGGAGCUCUGUGGACGUCCUUUAGACAGCGCAAAGAGCAGCUCCUCAAGGCCGUGGAGGACAUUGAAGAAAAAGCAGACCAGCAGAGCUUUAAAGAACCAAGCCUUCUGUCCCUACAGCAAAGGUUGCGCUUCUUCAAUCAGCUGGAGGAUGAUCUGCAGUCCCACCAGCACGAGGAGCAGUGGCUGACGGACAAGGCUAACCAGCUGGCCCAGAGAGACGCAGAGUUAGCCGGGGAGGCGCUGAGGGAAAUCAGACUGCUGGAGAACAUGUGGGAGGACACCAAGAAACUCAUUGCAGAGAGGCAAGAGCAGUGCAAUGUUCUCGCUGAGCUGAUGAGGGAAUACCAAAUGCUGAAAACCUCCGUGGGCAGCGUGAUGGAGAGCACCGAACCCCUCAUGGAUAUCACUUCCGCUCUGAAGGACCACGAGGAAACCAAGAGAUCACUAAGCAAGCAUGAAGCCGUGAAGACGGAGAUGGCCGACAAGCAGCACGAGCUGGACCGCUUUUCCUGCAAAGGAAAACAGUUGGUGCUGGAACUGAAGAAGGUGCCAGAGUGUGACUCUCAAAUGGUGAAAAAGGACAUGGAGACACUUGUGGACCAGUGGCUGGAUGUGUCUGAGAGGGUGGAAGACAACCUCCAGCGCCUUAACCAGAGUCUGGUGUUGUGGGAGGAUGUGCGUGAAAUUGGCGAAGACAUUGACAGUUGGACCGGCAGCUGCGUGUCGGAACUGAACGAGAGCCUGAACAACCUCAAUGACAGUCAGAAGGUGUCAACCAGGCUUUCUGCUCUACAGGAACAAAUAGGCGAGAAGGAGGUAAAGCUGGAAAACCUGCAGUCCAAAAUCUCAGAGCUGAAGAGGAGCACUCAAAGUCAAGAGACUCCUCCUAAAGUGCAGUUGCUGGAGAAUGACCUGAGGAAGAAGAUCGAUGCUGUUCAGAAGCUGCACGAGCAAGCCAGGGGGAACCUGAUGGACUUCAGCACCCAGAAGAAACUUCUGGAGGACUACAUUUCACAGAUGUCAGCUUGGCUCAAGAGCAUGGAAGACUCCUUGGUGUCGUCCCCCGCUGGUUCAGAUCCUGAGGACAUCUUCAGAGUGAAGGAGCUUCAGAAAGAACUGCAAAACCAGCAGGGAAGCAUCGACUCCACGAGAGAGAGCCUGAACAACCUGUGUAGGAAAUACCCCUCGGAGGAGCUUUCCAGCUUGGGGUCCGCACUCACCGAGCUCAUCAAGACCUACGAGUCUGUGAACCAGGUCUCGUCCAGGACUUUGGCCUCACUGCAGAACUGUCUGCAGCAGCAGUUCAACGAUUUGGUUCAGGAGUUCCAUCGCUGGCUUGUAGAGCAGAGGGAGAUUGUGAAGGAAUGUUCCGACCGAUCUGGAGACACUCACGUUGUGGAGCGCAAAUUACAGAAACUAAAGGGUGCCGUGGAGCGCAUGGAGGAAGGCGAGGUGCAUCUCACGCAGGUCUGCGAGGAGGGAGAGAAACUGCUGCUCCAUCUUCCCAAGGCCAACGCUGGCCAGGUCCAGCAGCACUUGUCCUCCAUCCAGCAAGACUGGGACAGCUUUGUGGAGCAGUGCCGACAGAACCAACAGAUCCUGGAGGACAGUGCAUCCCUCAUGAAAGGAUUCGAAGGCCGCCUUAAGAAGCUGAGGUGGUGGCUGGAGCACAUGGAGAAGAGGAUGACCACAGAUCUACUUGAAGUCAAGCAACGUGGUUCUGAUAAGGUUUUGCUCGAGCAAGUGGAGGAAUAUCAGCAGGAAGCUCUCAAAGAAAGGGAUUCCUUCGAGCGUUUGUGCCAGGAGGCCCAGGCGCUCAAUGAGGGCGGGCGAGGCGACAGCAGCGAGACGCGAGUGUCUGCUCAGCUGCAGUCGCAGUACCAAGCCUUGCUACGACGCGUGCGGGAUAGGCUGCGCAGCUGCCAGCUGACCUUACAGGAGGAGCAGGCCUUUGAGGAGACGCUGCAAGCCACAUGGACCUGGCUGAACGGCGUCCAGGAGCGCCUGGCUUCUCUCAACAGCACGCUCGGAAAUAAGGAGACCCUGGAGAAAAGGCUGGUUCUUGUACAGGAUAUCUUGCUGAUGAAGGGUGAGGGCGAGGUGAAGCUCAACAUGACAGUGGGCAAAGGAGAGCAAGUCCUCAAGCACAACAGAAUGGAAGGGCAGGAAGCCAUUUGCUCACGGCUUCAGAGCUUGAAGGAUGCCUGGGCCAACAUGCUCAUUACGUCCAUGAGUUGCCACAGUCGACUGGAGUGGACGGUGGCCCAGUGGAGCAGCUUCCAGGAGAGCAAGAACCAGAUCCAGCAGUGGAUGGAGUCCGUGGAGCAGGAGGUGGGCAUGACUCUGGGGCAGCAGCCCGGCCUCAAAGAGAAGUCCACCUUGCUGGAGCGCCUCAGGGCCAUCCAGGCGGAUGUGGACACUCAUGCGGCGGCGCUGUCCCGUCUCACGGACAAGGCUGUGGAGCUGUAUGAGAAAUGCGCCGACCAGGCAUUUGGGCCGGAAUCGAGGGCCGAGCUCAACGCGCACUUUGCUGAUAUCUCAGCUGUGGUUAAGGGUAAAAUACAGUCCAUGCAAACCAUCGUGUCAGAACAUGAGCAGUACCUGGAUUCCGUCAGAGACUUCAAUGACUGGCUGAUCUCAGCAAAGGAGGAACUCCAGCGAUGGUCCGACCUGUCAGGGGACUCGGCCUCCAUUAAAAGAAAGCUCUCCAAAGUCCAGGAACUGCUAGACUCUAAGCAGCGAGGCCGAGAGAGGCUCAGCCGGGUCCAAAGAUGCGGAGCAGCAGCAAGAGACCACACUGGCUCAGGAGGCUACGAGGCCAUCGAGCGGGAGGAAGCGGCCCUCUUGUCGAGCUGGGAACAGUGGGAACGCGGGGCGCUUCAGACGCGGGCCAGUCUGGAGACCGCCCUCUCUCAGAUGACCAGCUCCGAGCAGGAGUUCAGCACUCUGUCGGCACAGCUGGAGCAAGACAUGCGGGAUUCGAGCUGUCGGCUGCAGGACUGGCGCCGUAGACUUGCUCAGGCGGAGGGGAAAACUGACGGAGAGGAGGGCGUCAAAGGUUGGCAGAUUGCAAAGGACACUUUGGAGGAGCUUGUCAAAGCUGAGCCCAUGUGCGAUGGCCUGAAAAGUCAGCUCAACGAUCUGUGCCGCUUCUCCAGAGACAUGGCCAGCCAGUCUGAGAGAGUGUCUGCCCUCAUUAAGGAAUACAACAGUCUGAGUCUCCGAGCUGCCAGGGAGUGCCAGAGCAAAGAGAAGCUGCAGGAGCAGGGAUUCUGCUUGGCCUACAGGGCCUUCCAGCAGUGGCUGGUCAAUGCCAAGAUCAACACGGCCAAAUGCUUUGACGCACCCCAAAAUCUCACCGAGGCGUCAUCCAGCUUACAGAAGAUUCAGGAGUUUCUAAGCGACAGAGAACACGGGCAGUCGAAGCUCAACGCCGUGGUCUUCAACGGCGAGCUUCUCUCUGCCAUGGCUUCCAAAGACAAAGUGGAUUCGGUUCGGACAAAGAGCAACAACGCUCGAGAGGACUGGAAAAACAUAAUGUCCAAUCUGCACAGCAGAGAGAUAAACCUCCAAAACCUCGUUUCUCAGAUGAAAGACUUCGAAGCCAGUGCCGAGCCUCUCCAGGAGUGCCUGAACGCCACCGAGCUGGCCGUGCAAGAGAGCAGCACGCGGCUUCACGACCUCACGGCCAAGAAGACGGAGCUCCACAAACUUCAGUCUGUGCUGGAGGAGCUAGCCUCUCACCAAGUCCAGCUGAGCAGGCUGAAAGAGAAGGCCCAGCGGCUGUUGGACGAGCACGCCGCCGGCAAGGGUUUUGCGCACCGUGUCUCUCAGCUCUCUGCUCAGUUCCUUGCUUUAACCAACCUGACCAAGGAGAAGGCGUCCAGGAUUGACCGCAUCGUGUCGGAGCACCAGCUAUUCACCCACGGCUUGAAAGAGCUGCAGAACUGGGUGGCGGACACCAGCCACAUGCUGCAGACGUACUGUGCCCCCACGGCCGACAAAAACGUCCUGGACAGCCGGAUGAUCAAGCUGGAGGCCUUGCUGACAGCCCGUCAAGAGAAGGAGAUCCUGCUGAAGAUGCUGAUCACCAGAGGAGAAGCCGUUCAGAGAAACACCUCUGCAAAUGGCGUGGCCGUGGUCCAAGAGCAGAUACAGGAGCUGAAGGACUCGUGGGAUGCUCUGCUCUCUGCCUGCAUUCAGUGCAAAAGCCAACUGGAAGGUUCUCUGUCCCAGUGGACCAGUUACCAGGAGGACGUGCGUCAGUUUGUGAGCUGGCUGGAGCACGUGGAGGAGAACCUGGACCCGGCUGAUAAGCAGUGCCCCGAGAUGCGAGACAAAACUGCUAACCUUAGCAGAGCCAAGCUGCUGUACGAGGAAGUGCUCAGCCACGACACCUUGCUGGCCACCAUCAUGGCGAAGAGCGCGAGUAUAGCUGAGAACUACGUCACUCAGCUGGAGCUGCAGGAUCUGCAAGAGCGCUACAGCGCCAUCAAAGAGAGCGCUGCGGGGGCUGUAGGCAAAGUGGAGGAGGUGGUGAAAGCCCACCAGGAGUACCAGCAAGGCCUACAUGCCUUUGAGGAGUGGCUGGAACAGGAGCAGGAGAAGCUGGGCUGCUACACGCCGCUGGAGGGGGAUGCUGACAUGCUGGAGGAGACGCUGCAGAAGCUGCAGGAGCUCCAGCUGCACUGCACCGAGGGCCAGGCUCUGCUCAACACCUUGCUGGUCACCCGAGAGCUGGUCACUCCCUGGGGGCUGCCUCAAAUCGAAGACCGAGCACUGGAGACCCUGCAGCAGGAGUGGAGGAUGUACCAGGCCCGGCUGGUCGACACCAGGGCUCAGCUCAACAGUGCCUUGGCCAAACUCAGACAGAUGGAGCAGAAGUUCCAGCGUCUGGACAGCUGGCUGAAGGGCAUGGAGGCCAAAGCGCAACUGCGAAGCCACCGCCGCUCUGACCGUGCCACCAAAGACGCUCAGUUGCAGUUGAUAAAGGCGUGGCAAGAGGAGGUGCUUGUUUAUCAAGACGAGAUGGAAGGCCUCGGCGUUUUGGCUCAGCAGGUUCUAGAUGAGACGCAUGUUAGCAGCCGGAUCAGCAGCAGAGCCACCCAGAUCACAACCCGCUACCACGCUUUGCUCCUCCACUUGCUGGAGACAAUCAAGCAGCUGCAGGAGGAGGUGUCCUGCAUUGAGGAGGCCCAGUGUGUCUUCAGCACCUUCUCAGACUGGCUCAGCGCGGCUCAGAACAGCCUCCGCUCUGUGGCAACCAGCACCAAUGCAGUGGACCGCUUUGCCAUGGAGAGAAAGAUGAAGAAGAUCGAGGCUCUGCAGGGAGACGUGGAACUUGGUCACGCCAACCUGAAGACGGUGAGAGAGAAGAGCGAACGAGCCCUGGUCUUCCUGGAGGAAGCUGAAGCGGAGCAGCUGAGAGAGAACGUGGAGAGCCAGCUGGCCCAACUGGAGGACCUGGUGGCAGCCCUGCGCACGGAGCAAAGCUCUCUGGAGAAGUGCAUCGCGCUUUCCAAAGACUUUACGGAUAAAUACAAGGCGCAAGCCCAGUGGGUGCUGGAGACCAAGAGCCUGUUGGCGUCCAGUGUGGAGCCCAAAGCUGAGCUCUACCAGAAGAAGGCCCAGCUUGCCAAGUACAAGACCAUCCAGCAGGUGGUGCAGUCUCAUGAGUCGGCUGUGAAAUCAGUGCUGGAGAAAGGCGAAGCCCUGCUAGACACGGUCCACGACCCCAUCAUUAACAACAACAUGAACACGCUGAAGGCCGACUUCCUGGAGCUCUGCUCGCUGGCUAAGACGCAGGUCCAGAGCCUGGUGGAGUGGGUGAAGGAGCAUGAGGACUACAACAGUGAACUGCAGGAGGUGGAGAAAUGGCUCUUGCACAUGUCCAGUCGGCUCGUCACCUCCGAAUCCAUGCAGACCAGCAGCAUGGAGAUGGCCACCCAGCAACUUGCACGCCACAAGGCCAUAAUGGAGGAAAUCGCCGGUUUUGAAGAACGUCUCACAAGCUUGAAGCAGAAAGGAGAAGAUCUGGUUGCCGGCUGCACCGACCAAGUCCAGGCGAAGAUCAGCCAGCAGGUCCAAGCUCACCAGCAGGGAACCAGGGACAGCUACUCGGCCGUAUGCAGCACAGCCCAACGGGUGCACCAAAGUCUGGACCGAGAGUUGCAGAAACACGUCAACCACCAGGACACUCUCCAGCAAUGCCAGACGUGGCUCGCCGCCGUCCAGGAGGAACUCCGGCUAAACCAGCAUGCCCCGUCUGGUCUGCAGGAGGCACUGAAACAGGUGAAGCACUACCGGGCCCUUCAGGAGCAGGCCAGCACCUAUUUAGACCUGGUGUGUUCAGUGUGCGACCUGUCUGACGACACCGUGAGAGUGACGGCCGCAGAAGUCCAGAGGGUCAAGCUGACUAUUGAGGAGAGGAUGUCAAAUGCUCAGGAGCUUUCAGAGGGCUGGAGAGAGAUCAAGGAGCAGAAGCAAGAUCUGACAAGCUUGUUCCUGGAUAUGGAACAACAGCUCCUCACUCUAUCAAGAAGACCUGCAGAGUUAGAGACCAAGAUAGCUCAAAACAUGCUGUCCCAAGCCAAGGAAUGCAUCCAGCAGCUCCAGUCCAAGCAAAGCAUCCUGACCAAGAUGACGGAGAAAGUCAGCAAACUUUCACUGGGCCAGGACUCCCCAGAGCAUGCAGAGCUGGACCGUCUGAGUCACUCCUGGCUGGACCUCUGCCACCAGGCCAGUAGGCUGCAGAGUCAGCGGCAGGAGGAUCUGCAGAGGUCCAAAGAGUACCACGACUGCAUCGCUGCAGUGGAAGUGCUGUUUGAGCAGGUUUCCAAAGAGUGGGACAAUCUAGCCAGAACCGAUGCUGAAAGUUCCUCUCAGCAUUUGGAGGCAUUGCGCAAACUGUCGAUCGAACUUGAAGGCCAAAAGGGUACACUGGAGGACCUGAAGGACCAGAAGCAAAAAGUCAUUGAGCGCUUGAACCUGGACGACAAGGAGCUGGUCAAAGAGCAAAUCAGCCACUUUGAGCAGCGCUGGUCUCAGAUGCAAAACCUAAUUGAGAGAAAAAUUCAAGACUCGGUGGUUACCCUGGAGGAGAUGGGCCAGGUGGAGGUUCGUCUGAGGGAAGCUCGGGAUUGGGCCGAGGAGCAGCAACCCGCCUUGUCCGAGGCUAUGAAGAUGAGUCCCCCUCCAGAGCUGGCUCAGAGUUUCCUCUUCGACCACUUGAGUAUUUGCAGCGAGUUGGAGGCCAAGCAGCUCCUGUUGUCCCAAGCCGUGACCGACGCCGACAGGGUUCUGGCCCGCCUUGGCCUGAGCGAACGCCAGCGCCUGCAGCAACUCAUUUCCCACACACAAUCAGAGGUGGAAUCCUUGAGCGUUAAAGUGUUGCAGCGCAGAAAACACCUCAGCAAGGCCUUCACUGAGAGGACUCAGUUCCUGAUGGCUGUGAACCAGUCUAUUUCCUGGGUCCAGCAGAACGGGAAGAAGGCCCAGGCCGAGGAGUACGUUGCUUUGUUGCCCGACGACCUCGCCAAGCAGGUGCGAACGUGCCGGAACAUCCAAAGCAGCUUGAAGGCCUACCAGAGCGAGUUGACGUCCUUGUGGUCGCAGGGGCGGGACCUGAUGAGGGACGCCAACGAGGACGAGAGGAAUGAGAUCCUCAGCAGGCUGCAGGAGUUGCAAAACAUCUUCGAUAAAACUCUGCACAGGUGUGGCCAGAAACUGCAAGAACUCGAGAAGGUGCUCGUCUCCAGGAAGUACUUCAAGAACGAUCUAGAAAAAAUAUGCCAGUGGCUCAAGCAAGCAGAUAUCGUCACCUUUCCAGAAAUUAACCUCAUGGUUGGCGAAGCUGAAUUAGAGGCGCAGCUGUUGAAGUAUCAUCAUAUAGUCGAGCAGGCAGUGGAGUAUGAGAACCUUCUCUUGAUUGUGCAACGAGCAGGCCAGGAGAUUCUACCCACUCUGAACGAGGUGGACCACUGCUACCUCGAUGAAAAACUGAACACCCUCCCGCAGCAGUACAACAACAUACUAGCACUGGCCAAAGAGAAACAGGAGAAAAUCCAGCAGGCCAUCUUUACCAGGAACGAGUACACCUCUUUCAUCGACGUCACUCAGAAAGCCCUCGAGGAGCUUGAGGAGCAGUUCAACCAUCUGGGAACACAGCCCGUGGGCCUGCAAACCGAAGAGGUGCUCAGCCUGCAGAGCGAUUACAAAGCCAUCCAAGUGGAUCUGAGCGGUCUUGGUCUCGCUGUGAGUGAACUCAACCAGAAGAAGGAAGGCUUCCGCAGCACCGGCCAACCCUGGUGCCCUGAGGAAAUGACACAGCUCACGAGCCUCUACAACGGCCUGAAGAGGCUGGUUGAACAGAAAGUGGAGCAUCUGGAUGAAACCUUGGAGUCAUUCGAGGACCAGAAGGCGAUGGCCAUGCAGGUGGACUCAGAGUUAAAGGCCACCAAGGAGCAGCUGGUAAAGGUCAACGCUGAGACUCAGUCGGCAGAGGAGAGGCUGAAGAACUACCACGCUCUUGCAGGGAGCCUUCAGAGCGCCAACUCGCACUUAUCCAGGCUCAUGGAGCAAAUGGACUCUCUGGCGCCGCGUGUGGAACAAACAGCCCACAACGCCUCAAAGGAGCAAGUGGUCCUGUGGCAGGAGGAGCUGCGAUCAUUGCAGGCCGCGGUCGGGGACCUCAUCGAGGAAUGCGAGAACCGCUUCGUUCAGAGCAAAGACUUUGAGACAGAGAUGCAAAGGACACUGGCCUGGCUGCAGCAGGUGCGGGCCGAGCUGGGGUCCGCCGUGACGGUGGACAUGCGGGUAGAGAAGGUGCAGGAGGAGAUCAGAAAGCAACAAAUAAUGCAGGAGGAGGUUCAGUCCAGACUCAGGAUCGUGGCCGCUCUGAGCAGCAGGGAGAAACAGAAAUAUACCAGUGCCAACGAGUUGGUACCGACCCACGUGGACACCAGCCUUGAAGAAAUGGCCAAGCUGCAGGCAGACGUUCAGAAGCAACUGAGUUCCAGACAGGUGACCUUGGAGCAGGCCCUGCUGCUAUGCCAGAAGUACCACUUCAGGAUGCAGGCGGCCUGCGAAUGGCUGGAGGACGCUGUGUCCUUCCUGCAGGAGGCCAGCUUGGGCGUGGACGUGGAGAACUACGAGGAGUGUCUGCGGCAGCAGGGCGGCAUCAUGGCCACCGAGCAGGAGUUCCUCAUCCACCUGGAGGAGCUGGAGACCUUCCUGCCCCAGCUGGAGAACCUGGUCAACCCCACGGCCAAAGGCCAGCUGCGGGUGAGCGUGGAGUCGGCAAAGCAGAGAGGCCUGGAGGUCCGGGAUCAGCUGCAGUGUCAUCAAGAUGUCCUUCAAAGCUGUGUGGCUCAGUGGAAAUCUUACCAGGAGGCAAGGCAGACCGUCAUCGAGAUUAUGAACGAAGCUGAAAAGAAACUGACACAGUUUUCUACCGCCAAAGCAGCAACAAGCCAAGAAGCAGAGGACAAGUUACGCAGCCACCAGACCCUGGUCUCACUCGUCAACGGCUUCCAAGAGAAGCUGAGCGGUCUGGAGGAGCAGGCGGCUCAGCUGGAGCAGGUGGGCAGCGACGCCAGCAAGGCCACCAUCAGUCGCUCCAUGACCACCGUGUGGCAGCGCUGGACCCGACUUCGCAGUGUUGCCCGCGGGCAGGAGCGAGUUCUGGAGGACACGGCGCAGGAGUGGAGGACGUUCAGGGAGAAGAUGAUGAAGGUGAGGGCGGUUGCCGACGAGCUCCGAGGCCGGGUGCCGGACAGCGCGGUGGAGAAGGCCUCCAAGGCCACCCUGCAGUCUCUGCUGGAGCAGCACGACCUGCUGAGCCAAGACAUGGAGAGAGAGCUGUCGUCGCUCACCCUGCUGCGCCAGUACGCCCUCAGCUUGCUGCAUGACGUGGAAGUGCCUUCGCCCACCAGCGAGCAGGAUGAGCUGCCGAGCCUGAAGGAGAUCAGAGCUGUGCAGGACCAAAUGGAGAGCCUCCUGACACAAUCCAGGACCAAGCGAGCUCAGGCAGCUCUGGAGCUGAGGGACAGAGAAGAAGUGGAGCGAGAACUCAGCGUUGUGAAGGCGUGGAUCCAGGAGACCAGGGAGCUUCUCUUCAACCCCACGCCAGACAUUGACGCUCUACUUCAGGAACUGGAGGUGGUACACGGAGAUGUGAUCACGUAUCGUCAGAACGUGGACAAAUUAGCUGAGCGGCAACAGAGCAAGUACCUGGAUCUCUACACCAUCCUGCCCUCGGAAAUCUCCAUGCAGCUGGCCGAGGUCUCGCUUGCUUUGGGGGCCAUUGAGGAUCAGGUUCUAUCCAAAGAGAGAGACAUACAAAAAACCAGAGACAUAAAAGAGGACUUUAGCUCUAGAAUCCAUGACGUCUCUGAGAAACUCAAAGCCAUCUCUGCUAAAUUCAAGGAAAAGUCCCCAGAGGUUGACCAGGCCAUGGAAGAAGUCAAGAGUCUGGCCGAGGACUUGGACAGCUGCGGCCGCACGCUCGCCGAGCUGGAUGCCGGUGUGCAGGAGUUUGGCCGCCGCAACCCUCUGCUGGCGAAGCAGCUGAGCGACGCCAUCAGCAAGCUGUCAGAGAUGCACCAUCACGUCAGCCGGCUAGCGGACUGUCGGAACAACUGGCUCAAAAAGGCUGUUUGCUAUUUGGACGAGUACCAUGAGAUGCUGGAUUUCAUUGUGAGGUGGUCUGAGAAAGCCAAGAGCCUGGUGAGGGCCAAUAUUAUCUGGAACUCCUCAGUUCACCUGCAGGAGCAGAUGCGGGUGUACCAGGCUGUCCUUCGUGAGUCCCGCGAGCUCCACGGAGAUCUGGAAUCAAUGGCGGAGAAAGUUGAGCUUCUGUCGGAGGUUCUGCAGGUGGAGUCUAUGAGCCAGCAGGUGUGUGAACUCAGUCGACACAGCGAGGAGCUCCAGCAGUGCAUGAAGACGCGGCUGCAGAGCUUGGAGGAUGCUGAGAAGAGUAUGGAAGCUCUGGAGUGUGAGGUGAAGGCCUUGCAUGUUGCUCUGGAGCAGGUCCAAGCUACGCUGACGUCACCAGAGCUGGCACGCCAGAGCCUUAAAGAGCAGCUGUUUCAGAGACAGCGUUUGUUGGCAGACAUGGAGAGUUUCAAGCAGCAGGUGCAGACGGUGCAGCUGUGUCAGAGCAGUCUGCAGGUGCCGGAAGAGGUGAUGCCCAACCUGGCCAUUUGCCGCACGGCUCUGCGGCUGCAGCAGGAUGCCAGCCACUUGCAGCACGUGGCCAUCCAGCAGUGCAACAUCCUCCAGGAGGCAGUGGUGCAGUAUGAGCAGUAUGAACAGGAAGUGAAAGACCUCCAGGGGCUGAUAGAGGAAGCACAUCGCGUCAUCCAGGACCGCCCCAUCACCACCAGCAAUAUCCAGGAGCUGCAGGCCCAGAUCCUUCACCAUGAAGAGCUGGCCCAGAAGAUUAAAGGCUACCAGGAGCAGAUGGCUUCGCUCAACUCCAAAUGCAAGAUGUUGGCGGUGAAGGCCAAGCACGCCACCCUGCUGCUGACAGUGAGCGACGUGGAGGGGCUGCCCGAGCUGGAAGCGGAGAAGAUGGCGUCGGCACAGGCCGUGAUGAUGACGGCUGGCCGCUGCCACACCCUCCUGUCUCCUGUCACAGAGGAGUCUGGGGAGGAGGGCGCUAACAGCGAGGUGUCCUCCCCUCCUGUGUGUCGCUCUCCUUCGCCGGUUACUCCUAGUGAGGCCGCCAAGUCUGGAAGGGGUGGACUAAAAAGAGCUCCAGUCCAAGACCUGUACGACCCCACAUUUGAGUCUGUGGCCAACUUGGACGACCUGCAACGUUCGUGGGAGACGUUGAAGAACGUGAUCAGCGAGAAGCAGAGAUCCCUGUACGAAGCUCUGGAGAAGCAGCAGCACUACCAGGCCUCGCUGCAGUCCAUCUCGGCCAAAAUGGAACAGCUGGAGGCCAAACUCAGCGAGCCUUUUGAGGCUGAUAGGAGUCCCGAUAGCCACAUGAGAAGCCAUGAGUGGAAAAACGUGUGUUGUCCUUUGCAGGGUCUGAUCCAGGAGAUCCAGAGCGUGCAGGACGAUAUUGAUAGGCUGCAGACGAGCUUCAGCGACGACCUGGCCGACGCCUCUGCCGACUCGGACAUGGCCGACCAGCUAGCCAUGCAGUCUUCUCUGGCCGUUCUGGCUGAGAGGAUGACCACCAUCCAUAUGAAGGCCUCCGGGAAGAAGCAGUUGCUGGAGGAGCGUGCCAGCGAUCGCCUGGAGGGCCAACGCAUGGAACAGGCAGUGCAGCGUUACCAACUCCAGGCAGAGGAGUUGGACCGCUGGUUGUCCCAUACGCGCAACGCCGCAGUUUCCGUCCUCGAAGCGCAACAUGGAGAGGAAAGUGACAUGGAGUGGCAGCUUACGGAAUGUCAGAACAUGUUGCUGGACAUAGAGGAGAAAGUGCUGGCCCUCUCCGAGCUGUCCGUGCACAGCGAGAACCUGCUGCUGGAGGGCCGUGCCGAGACGCGGGCGGAGGUCGAGCGGCUGGCCCGGAAGUUGCGGACGCUGAAGGGUGGCCUGCUGGAGCUGCAGAAGAUGCUGCAGGACAAGCGGAACAACAUGCAGGGUUCCCGUCAGGAGCAGGAGGACAGUGAGUCGGACUCAAGUCUCUCUCAGAGUCCCAGCGUGCAGGACUGGGUGGCCCAGGCCAGGACCACGCGCUCGCAGCAGCACCAGGACAGUCUUCAGAGCCAAAGGGAACUGGAGGAGCAGCUUGCGCAGCAGAAGAAGCUUCUCCAGUCGGUGGCCAUCAGAGGAGAGGAGAUCCUCAUCCAGCAGGCGUCACCUGGCGCCACCACCGCAUCAGAACCAUUUUCUCCAGCGGUUCUGGCCGAGAGGGAGGCCGACGCCGCACGUGAGCAGAUGAGGCAAAGGUGGGAGAGCCUCGGGCUGGAGCUCAAAACCAAACUGGACCUUACGCAGAAAAACCUGGAGCAGGAACACAAAAAGCCGGUUUAUUCUUGCGCGGCUCCACUUUUAAAAGGAGAACCUCAAGCUGACGCGUCGUCACUGACAAGUCUUUAUGACAGCUUCAGGAUGACCGUGGAUGCCGUGGCCUCUCAGCCCGGCAACGGCGAGACACAGGCGGCUCAGAUGGAGCAGCAGCUCUACACAGCCGUGUCGUCCACCUCCUCCUGGAUGGACGCCGUGGAAAACCACGUCUUCUCCGGCUCGCUCAUGCCGGCUGACAACGCGGAGGCUCGACUGCAGAAGCAGGAGAUGUUGGAGGAUGAUCUCCGACGGGUGAAAGAGGAGGUGUCACUCAGCCAGGCUUUGCUCACCGGGUCCAGCGGGUUGAGGCAAGAGGAGCGGACCCUGCUCCAGGACAAUCUCGACUGUCUGAAGGAGAGACUGGGAGGUCUGGCUGGUGCUGUGGGUCAAAGCAGUGACCACAUGAGGACCAGGACUCAGGAACUCACUGCCUACCAGACCGAAUUGCAGCUUCUCCAGACCUCGUUAACGCAGACCAAGUGUCAGGUCCUGCAGGUGCUAGCAGGAGCCGUGGAUAGGCCGCCCUCAGAGCAGCUGCAGGUCAUCUCCAGCACCGAGGACAGCCUGAAAGAAUUUGAGCAGAAGAUCACGGAGCUGAAAAGCAGGGGAGCGGUGCUGCAAGCAGAUUCGAUAUCGGCAGACAAAAUACUCAAAGUUCAGGUCGCCUACGAGGAGCUGGUGAUGACCGUGGUGUCCCGUCGCAGCGGGCUGAACCAGAACAUGGCUCUCAAGCAGCAGUACGAGCGCGCCCUGCAGGACCUCACCGACCUGGUGGACACGGCCGCGAGCAAGAUGGCUGCCCAUCAGAGGAUCAUCGCCAGCUCGGCGGAGGAAGUCCAGAACCACCUGGACAAACAUAAGGAGUUCUUCCAGGGUCUGGAGUCACAUAUGAUUUUAACCGAGACUUACUACAGGAAAAUUAGCAGCUUGAUGCUUCCCAGAGAGAGACAAGUACUGGAGGAAACACUCAACCAGGCCCAGGGAGUCCUCAAGCAGGCUCACAGUAAAGGUGUGGAGCUGGAGGGCAUCCUGGAGGCUUGGCGCCGCUUGCUUCAGGAUUACCAAAACCUGGAUCGCCAGCUGGAGGCCGUGGAGGAAAACAUUCCAGCAGUCGCACUGGUGGAGGAGACGGAGGAGAAGCUGAUGGACCGCAUCUCGCUGUAUCAGGGUCUGAAGGGGAAGCUGAUGGAGCACCAACACAAGCUGCACCAGGUCCUGGGCGAAGGCAAACACCUCCUGCAGUCGGUGUGCUGUCCUGCUCUGGAGAAUCAACUGGCAGUCCUGGGAGAACACUGGCUGGAAAACACCGGCAAGGUCAACAAGGAGCUGCAGCGCCUGGAGGCCAUCCUCAAACAUUGGACCAGGUAUCAGAGGCAGUGCGGGGAGCUGAGCCAAUGGCUGCAAUCUGCUCUGGAGCGUCUGGAGUACUGGAACACGCAGGCCGUCUUGGUUCCACAGGAGCUGGAAACCAUCCGAGACCACCUGUGCGCUUUUCUGGAGUUUUCCAAGGAGGCCGAGAGCAAAUCCAGCCUGAAGAGCUCCGUGGUGUCGGAGGGCAACCAGCUGCUGCGGCUGAAGAAAGCGGACACGGUGUCUCUGCGGUCCGACCUGGCUCGCAUCGACAAUCAGUGGAGCGAGCUGUUCACGCGCAUGCCGGUGGUGCAGGAGAAGCUGCAUCAGAUCCAAAUGGAGAAGCUGGCCUCCCGUCACGCCAUCUCAGAGCUCUUUAACUGGAUAGCACUGAUGGAGAACGUCAUGGAAGAGGAUGAGGAGAACCUGAAAAGUGCGGUGGGAUCGCAUGUGAUUCAGGACUACUUGCAGAAAUAUAAGGGCUUCAGAGUGGAUCUAACCUGCAAGCAGCUGACGGUGGACUUUGUCAACCAGACUGUGCUGCACCUCAGCGGCCACGAUGUGGAGAGCAAGCGCAGCGAUAAGACGGACUUUGCCGAGCGCCUCGGAGUCAUGAAUCGACGCUGGCAGGUCCUGCAAGGCCGCAUCAACGAGCGGAUCCAGUUUCUGGAGGGCCUGCUGCAGAUGUGGUUGGAGCAUGAGAGCAGCGUUCAAGCCCUGAAGACCUGGAUGGGAACCCAAGAGGAGCGACUGAAGAGGAAGCACAGGAUUGAGGACUUGACGUCCGUCCAGAGCGCCCUCAAGGAAUGCCAGGAGCUGGAGGAGCUGCUGAGGGACAAAGAGAAGGAACUGGAGCGAGUGGAGGAGCAGGGCUGCGCUCUGGUCCAGAACAAAACCGAUGAGGCUUGUGCUAUCGUCAUGGAAACGCUGCAGGGUGUCAAUCACACCUGGGCCAACCUGGACCACCUUAUCGGUCAGCUGAAGAUCAGCCUGACGUUGGUGGUGGAUCAGUGGAGUCUUUACAAACGAGCCUCAGAGGAGAUUAAUGGCCACCUCAUGGAGGGAAGGUACUCCGUGUCCCGCUUCCGCCUCCUCACUGGCUCGUUGGAGGCUGUUCAGCAGCAGGUGCAAAGUCUGCUGGUCCUGCAAGAGGAGCUGGAGAAGCAGGAGAGCAGCCUGAGGAGGUUCGGUGCCGUGACGCACCAGCUGCUGAAAGAGUGUCACCCGUCAGUGUCGGAGUCCCUCAAUCACGCCCUCAAGGAAGCCAAUGCAAGGUGGGUGGGCCUCCUGGAGGAGAUAGCGGAGCGUCUAAGGAGCAGCAAAGCUCUCCACCAGCUGUGGCAGCACUACAAGGAGCUGCACGAGCAGAGCGGCGACAGCAUCCAGCUGCUGGAGGAGAAAGCCGACCAGCUGCUCAAGACGGCGUGCGACAAGGACGUCGCUGACGAGCAAGUGUCCAACUGGAUCCAAGACUGCGGAGAGGUUCUCCGCUCCCACGCACCGGUGCAGGCGUCCCUGCAGGUUCUUCAAGAACUGGGAGAUCAGCUGAAGCAGCAGGUGGACACCUCGGCGGCAGCCACCAUUCAGUCAGAUCGGUUGGCGCUUUCUCAGCGGCUGGCGGCUGUGGAACAAGCGCUGAGGAGACAACUCAUCACGCUGCAGACCGGUGUACACGACUAUGAGACCUUCAACCACCAGCUGGACUCCCUCGCGGGCUGGGUGCGUGAAGCUGAGGAGGCCCUGAAGGUGCAAGACCCCAACGGCUCCACCGACCUGGCCCUCAUCAAGCAGCGCAUGCAGGACCUGAAACGACUCAUGAUGAAAUUCAGCAGCAUGGCCCCGGAAUUGGAGCGCCUCAACGAGCUCGGUUACCGGCUCCCGCUCAACGAUUCGGAGAUCAAACACAUGCAGAACCUCAACAGGAACUGGUCGGCGGCGUCGGCGCAGACCACAGAGAGAUUCAGCAAACUGCAGUCCUUCCUGCUUCAGCAGCAGACCUUCUUGGAGAAGUGCGAGACGUGGAUGGAGUUCUUGGUCCAAACGGAGCAGAAUCUAGCGGUGGAAAUUUCUGGGAACUACCAGAGUUUGAUGGAGCAGCAGAAGGCCCAUGAGUUAUUCCAGGCUGAGAUGUUCAGUCGCCAGCAGAUCCUCCACUCCAUCAUCAGUGACGGACAAAGGAUGUUGGAGCAAGGUCAAGUGGAUGACAGGAAUGAGUUCAACCUGAAGCUGGCUCUGCUGAGUAACCAGUGGCAGGGAGUGGUGCGGCGUGCCCAGCAGAGGCGAGGCAUCAUUGACGGCCUGAUCCGGCAGUGGCAGCGCUACAGGGAGAUGGUGGAGAAGCUGCGCAAAUGGCUGCUGGAGAUCUCCCAGCCCGUAGAGGGCCUUCAGCCUGGCACCACUGUUCCUUUGCAGCAAGCUCGCUCCAUGCUGGACGCCAUCCAGCUGCAGGAGAAGGUGCUCCAGCGCCAGCAAGGCAGCUACAUCCUCACGGUGGAGGCCGGCAGACACCUGCUCCUGUCAGCAGACACUCAGGCUGAGUUGGCCCUGCAGGCCGAGCUCACCGACAUCCAGGGGCGAUGGAAACACGCCAGCACUUGUCUGGACGAACAGAAGAAAGAACUCAGCACCUUGUUAAAGGACUGGGACAGAUGUGACAAAGGUAUCGGUGGGUCUCUGGAAAAGCUUCGUGCCUUCAAACGUCAGCUGUCGCAGCCUCUUCCUGACCACCAUGACGACCUGCAGGCUGAGCAGAUGCGUUGCAAGGACCUGGAGGGAACCAUCGAUGACCGGACGGGAGAUUUGUCCCACCUGACCGUCCUGAGGGAGUCGCUGUCGUGUUACAUCAGCGCCGAGGACAUUUGCGUCCUGCAGGAGCGCAUCGAGCUGCUGCAUCGCAUGUGGGACCAAAUCUGCCACCAGCUGGCCUUGCGUGCGCAGCAGGUGAGCGACAAGCUGAACGAGUGGAGCGUCUUCAGCGACAAGUACAAGGAGCUGUGCGAGUGGCUCACCGCCAUGGAGAGCAAGGUGUCGCAAAACGGAGACAUCAGCAUCGAGGAGAUGAUCGAGCGGCUGCGCAAGGACUACCAAGAGGAGAUCUCUGUGGCCGAGGAGAACAAGCUGCACCUCCACCAGCUGGGGGAGCGUCUGGCCCGGGCCAGCCAGCCGAGCAAAGCUGGCGAAAUGGAACACAAGCUGAGUAAAGUCAACGAGCGCUGGCAGCACCUCCUGGAUCUCAUCGGAGCCAGGGUGAAGAAGCUGAGGGAAACUCUGGUGGCUGUGCAGCAGCUGGACAAGAACAUGAGCAGCCUGCGUUCCUGGCUGGCCAACAUGGAGACGGAGCUGUCCCAACCCAUCGCCUACGACACCUGCGACUUCCAAGACAUUCAGCGCAAACUGGAUGAUCAGCAGGAGCUCCAGAGCGACAUUGAGAAGCACAGCACAGGAGUGGCGUCAGUGCUCAAUCUGUGCGAGGUGCUCCUGCACGACUGUGACGCCUGUGCCACGGACGCAGAGUGCGACUCCAUCCAGCAGGCCACGCGUAGCCUGGACCGCCGCUGGAGGAGCAUCUGCGCCUCCUCCAUGGAGAGGAGACUCAAGAUUGAAGAAACCUGGCGUUUGUGGCAGAAGUUCCUGGAUGACUUUUCCCGCUUUGAGGAGUGGCUGGCCACUUCGGAGAAGACUGCUGCGCUGCCAAACUCCUCUGGUGUUUUGUACACCGUAGCCAAAGAGGAAUUUAAGAAAUUUGAGUCCUUCCAGAGGCAAGUCCAUGAAAGCCUCACCCAGCUGGAGUUAAUCAACAAGCAGUAUCGCCGCCUAGCCAGAGAAAACCGCACCGACGUGUCCUGUCACCUGAAAGAGAUGGCGCACAGCGCCAACCAGCGAUGGGACAACCUACAGAAGAGGGUGGCAUCCAUCCUGCGCAGGCUCAAGCACUUUAUCAGCCAGAGGGAGGAGUUUGAGACGGCGAGGGACGCCAUCCUGGUGUGGCUGACCGAGAUGGACCUGCAGCUCACCAACAUCGAGCACUUCUCUGAGUGCGACAUCCAGGCCAAGAUCAAGCAGCUCAGGUCGUUCCAGCAGGAAAUCUCGCUGACCACCGCCAAGAUCGAGAGCAUCUUCCACCAGGGCGAGGCCCUGAUAGAGAAGAGCGAGCCGCUGGAUGCCGCCGUCAUCGAGGAGGAGCUGGAGGAGCUGCAGCGCUACUGCCAGGAGGUGUUUGGUCGAGUGGAGCGCUACUACAAGAAGCUCAUUCGCCUCCCUCUGGCAGAGGAUGACACCGAAGUGUCGCUCUCGGAUCGUGAGCUGGAGCUGGACGAGCCCGGGGACUUGUCCGGCCUGCCGUGGAGUGAGCGUUUGGGCGACGGCUUCCUGUCCCCGCUGCCGUCCUCGGGACGCUCGGCCUCUCUGGCGGCUCAGCUGAGGACGGAGCGUUCGGGCAGGGACACCCCGGCCAGCGUGGACUCCAUCCCCCUGGAGUGGGAUCAUGACUACGACCUGAGCCGCGGGCUGGAGAGCGCCAGCAGGGCCCUCAGGGAGCAGCAAAGCGAGGAGGCGGACUUCCUGCCCCGGCCUGCCUCUGCCUUGUCAGAUGUAGUCAUCCCAGAGAGCCAGGAGGCCUUUGUUAGACUAACAGAGCAAACACUGAGGUCCUCCGCCGGGGAGGUCGCCUCCAUGGACUCCAAUGUUCACCAGCCCGACGCCGGACGCUUCCAGCUACAGCACGGCGACAGCGUCCGCAGCCGUACGCCCACCGCCGUCGACCUGGAUGCCUCGUACAUGGGAUACAUGAGGCUGCUGGGCGAGUGCCGAGGCAGCAUCGACACGGUGAAGAGGAUGGGCCACGAGCUCAAAGAGGAAGAGGACACAGCGUCAGGACUGGCCAAUCCCAGCAGCUCCGAGUCCCAAACAUCAGGUGUGAUCGAACGCUGGGAGCUCCUGCAGGCCCAGGACCUCAGCAAAGAGAUUCGCACCAAGCAGAACCAGCAGCAGUGGCAGCAGCUCCACUCGGACCUGAGCAACAUUUGCACCUGGCUGAGGGAGGCUGGCGACGAGCUGGAGCAGCAGCGGAGGCUGGACCUCAGCACCAAUAUCCAGACCAUCGAGUUCCGCAUCAAAAAGCUCAAGGAGCUGCAGAGGGCCUGGGACAAGCGCAAGGGGAUUGUGCUGUCCAUCAACCUGUGCAGCACAGACUUUGUGCACUCGGACACAGAGGAGUCCAAAGAGCUGCAGGCCAAACUGAAAGACAUGAACAACCACUGGGACAAACUGGCUGCCUCGUUGGACGAGUGGAGGUCUUCGCUGCAGGGAGCCCUCAUGCAGUGUCAGGACUUCCAUGAGAUGAGUCACGGCCUGCUGCUCUGGUUGGAAAACAUCGACCGCAGGCGUAACGAGGUGGUCCCCAUCGACCCCAUCCAGGACAGCGACACUCUGCAUGAGCACCAUAAAACUCUCACGCAAAUCCGCCAGGAGCUGCUGGACUCUCAGCUGAAGGUGGCGUCGCUGCAGGACAUGUCACUCCAGUUGCUGGUCAACUCGCAGGGUGGUGACUGCCUGGAGGCCAAGGAGAAGGUCCACGUUAUCGGCAACCGCCUUAAGCUGCUGCUGAAAGAGGUCACUCGUGACCUCCGUGAGCUGGCCAAGAUCCUGGACAUCACCAGCAGCCAGCAGGAUCUGUCGUCGUGGUCCUCGACUGAUGAUUUGGACACCGGGUCGGGGUCUCUCAGUCCCGCCUCAGGGAGGAGCACGCCGAGUCGGCGGCGAUCGCGGCGGGGCAAAUGUAGUGUGUCACAGCGUGGUGGAGCCCCUGUGAGCAGUCCACAGCACAGGUGUCACAGCGACGUUGGGUCCGCUUCCUGCCCUUCUGACCCGCCGCCGUUGCCGCCCGGAUCCUCCUCCUCACCAUCGUUUGCCCGUCGCGUCCUGCGGGUGGCGCUGCCCCUCCAGCUGCUGCUGCUCCUGCUGGUACUGGUGGCCUUCCUUCUGCCUAUGUCCGAGGAGGACUACUGCGCUCAGUCCAACAACUUUGCUCACUCCUUCUACCCCAUGCUCAGCUACACCAACGGGCCCCCUCCCGUCUAGGUGGGCGCCGCAUUUGUAUCUCCACGUGUAGCAAGUAGGAUGAUCCAGGGGGUCCAUGGAGGUGCGUCCUGGCAAAUGUGGACUGAAAAGGAAGUACUAGCAAAGCACCAAAGUCAACCUAGGCUGUGAUUUUUGUCCUAAUAAUUCAUACUAAUAAUACAUCAUGUUGUUUUGGCCAUGCAUGUAAAUCCGUUGUGUCUGUGCUAACAACAGAAGAAAAUCACUGAUGAGAUUAUUUUUAGAGAGUCGUCGGUUUUAUUUUUGCAACAUAUCAGCUAACUAUGACCUAUGUAGAAAGUUUAUUGUAUUUUUUUCUAUGGCUGGCUGUCAAUGCAGUGUGUACCAGGGGAGAUGUGUGUCAUGUUAAUCAUUAUUAUGACAAAUAUGUUGAAAAAUGUAUGCGAGCAUCAGCAACAAAGAAUGCCAAAUCUUCA